AUGCGCCAGCUUACAACGUGGGAUCUCUCCAGUGAGGGAGAUGGCGACACUGGGAUCAUCCUCGCAGCAGCGGAGCCGGACCCAGCUAGGCUAGAAGCUCUACUGGGGGUACAUGCUGUGGCUAGUGCAAAUGCCUCGGGACGGGAAAAGCGCCGACUACAACUCCUAGGGCCGGAUGGCAUUGCGUGUGGGUCUGCAUACUCUUUUUUCCUGUCACCUAUCAUAUCUGCCAUCGACGCUCAUCUACCGGAGAACAUUCGGGUCUUACUGAAGGCAGGAGCAGACCCAAACGGCAUGGAUCGUUUCAGUAAGUCUGACUACUCAGUGCGAUUUAUUCGCGGUCGACACUUCAAAGAGGACACUAGCAGCUUUGUGGUCUGCAAGCCUCGAGCUACUAUACUCGCAAACGCCUUGCAAAAAGGUAUCAGUUACCAACUCUGUCCGUUGACCGAGUCGGAACUUCAUGAACGAAGUCAAGGCUUUCCUCGAUUUUGGACCGAGCCAAAUGUCCCUGGACAGAGAUUGCGGAUGCGCAAGCCUUUGACAGCCCUCGAGCACGCUGCCAAAGUCGAUGAUAUUGAGAUAUUUGACAUUCUCCGUAAAGCUGGUGCAGAUGAGUCUGCAUGGACUCAUGAUGUCUCUUUGGACGAGAAGCAAUUUCAGAUACAAGAUGAGGAUUGGUCAAUCUCAUAUGUCUACUUCUUCGCCCCCAUCGCAGCAGGUCAGCAGAACAUGCUUCGCCAUCUGCUCUUUACAUGUGGACACUCUCCUAACUACCGUUCGUAUGUGACCCCAACCGCCGCUCUCCCGCCGCUCUCCUUUGCCAUUGCAAGGUGUGAUUUGAAUGACUCUGGGGUACAGCGAUGCCUGGUCGACCUCUUAUCUCAUCCCCAGCUGAACUCUAAUCUACGCACGCCUGUUUUUGAAAUCCAUCCCCUUCAUAUUGCGACCGCACACCAUAAUCCAGAUGUUCUAUUGUGGCUGGCGUCUUAUAUCCCAGGUGGGCUUGAAAGUGCAGGAACGACAGCCUUAGGACAUACUCUUCUUCACAUCGCUUCAUUGCCCUUGACCGCACAACAAAUCGUUGGACGAAAUCCCAGCGUUGCAAGGAGCUUACAUUGCGUACGUGCAUUGACUACAUCAUGGUUACUCCAUGCUAGGCCAAGACCACGUCAUAUUUUAACAACAACCCCAGAGGAGCUGGCUUUGAACAAGAAGCCGAGUCCUAUGACGGAAUUCCAGCAACUUGCGCAGCAGGGCACAAUUGAGCUUUUGUUGAAAUGGGGAGGAAUCGACGUCAAAGCACAGGAUUCAGAUGGGAAUACUGCUUUGCAUUAUUUGGCAGGUACGUUAAAUGUAAGCGAGAUCACGGUGGGUAUGGUUCGAGGCAUGGAAGGGGGUAAAGGGGUUUGGCAAGACACUAAGAAUUGUUAUGGGGUUACCCCGAGAGAGAUAUGGGGAGAGUAA